AAAAGUCCUUCAAAAUGAGCCUGGAAGCCUGGCUCCCGCAGCCCACCUUGCUCCUCACUGGCCUCAGCUUGCUCCUCUCGCUGGCAAGACCCAUGGCUUGAGGGAGCCAUACCUGCCACUUGGAAAAGCCUCUUUUCCCUGGCUGCAGAGCCUGGCCCCUUUCCUGCCCUGCUUGCAGACGGAGCGGAUUAGCCAGCGGAGCAGCCUUGACAUGCAUCCAGCUUGGCCACAGGGCUGGAGUCAGGAGCACCUCAGGAAGAAGAUUUGAGAGCAAAGAGCAGCAGCCCAAGGGGAGAGCGCCCACGGGACUGGGCAUGGAGGUCAUGGCUCCUGCCACCAUCAAUGCCCUGAAUGGCUCCUCUGUGAAGCUCUCCUGCACCUUCAACUCCUGCUACAAGGUGGAAAACAAGCAGUUCUCCCUCAACUGGACGUAUCAGGAGUGCAAGAACUGCUCUGAGGAGCUGUUCUUGCAGUUCCGGAUGAAGAUCCUGAACAAGCACCUGGACCGCUUUGGGAACCGGGUGGAGUUCACCGGGAACCCCACCAAGUACGACGUGUCCUUCACCCUCAAUAACGUGCAGCUGGAGGACGAGGGCACCUACAACUGCUACGUCCUGAACCCCCCAGACCGGCAGCGGGGCCACGCCAGCAUCAGCCUGAAGGUGCUCACCAAAGAGCCCCCCAAGCACGACUCCACAGUGGCUGUCAUCGUGGGCGCCUCUGUAGGUGGCUUCUUGGCCGUGGUGAUCCUGGUGCUGAUGGUGGUGAAAUGUGUGCGCCGGAAAAAGCAGCAGAGGCUGAACACGGACGACCAGAAGACGGAGGAGGAAGGGAAGACAGAUGGUGAAGGCAACCCGGACGAGGGCACCAAGUAAUGCCCCCUGCCUGCCCCUCCCUCUUCACCCCUGUACAGCGUGACCCCCCUCCUUUGAUGUGCUUCCCAGAGCAAGGAUUCCUCUCUUCCCUGAGCAUCCCUCCUUCCAUCCAAAUGCCCACCCCAGCCUGGAGCAGGGCACGGAGAGCUGGUCCCCGGAGCCUGGCCAUGGUGGGCCAGGCUGGGCAGGGGGGCUGGGGUGCCUGGGGGCUGCCCCUGGGGCUGGGCAGGGACUGGCUGGGCAUGCUCAGAGUGCCAGAGCACUGCCCAGUGCCCUGGGGAGGUGAUGGGGAUGGGAUGGGGUGGGGUGGGAGAUCCCCCAUGAACGGGGGGUUGGAGUUGGGGGUGCCAGGAGGGGCAGAGGAGGGCAGGCAGCUUUGUGCCUCUAGACAAAGAGAGCAGGGGCCAGUGGCCACCUGCCCUGGGGGAUAUGUUGUCCCCCCGGGGCACAGGCACUGGUGUACCCAUGCAGAUGGACCCUCCGAGAACUGCCCCCCCCUGUGUGCCAGUGCUGAGGGUGCUGUGAGGAGCUGGUGCUCCUCCAGGACUGCUCAGAGCUACUGGCUGGGGAAUGAGGAUCAGCCCCUGGGCUGCCUCUGAGCUCUCCUCUGGGUUUUGGAGCUGCUAAUUGCUCCUGGUGUGUAAUGGAUGUACCCUCCUGCCUCAGGCUAUUUUUGGGCCUGACCAUCUCAGCCAAAGGUCCUGGGCUGACUCUUUUGUGCUGAUUUUCUUCUUGGGGACGGUAAAACUAAUGGAAAAUGUUCUGCUGAUGUGCCAAACCAAGGAGGUGGGGAGUGGCAGGUGUGGCUGCUAGGGACAGAGAGCUGCUGGCAGGAAAAGGAGUUUUUGGCCACUUGCCGGGAAAGAUUGUGCAUAACCAUGGGCCCAGAGGCAGGACAGCUCUGGGACCCUCAAGUAACCUUGUAAUGCUGAAACUGCCUCCUCCAGCCUCCCUGCAGAGACACUGCACAACACAAAACUGCCAGGGCAAAAGCACUGCCAGCCCACCCAGCCAGGUUCCAGCACCUGCCCUGCUUGUGGCAGCCCCCAGAGCUGCCCUGCCUGCUCCAUAGGGCCAGCAGCACUGCCCUGGGCAGGCAGGGGACAGAGGGACAUCUCUGCGCUCCCUGCUCUGCCCCCCUUGCCCUCCCCAUCCCGCUCCACCUCACUGGGCUCCACGCUGCUCACAGUCCCCUCUGCAGCCAGAAUGUGCCCUGGGGCUGCCCUGUCUCCCCCUGCCCCUGGGCUUUCCCUGUGCAGUGCCACUGGGGCUGCCUGAAGUGGGACUGAGCUGGCAACGCUGCGGCCAAAGGCCCCUCCGGCUGUGGCACAGGACCAGUCUUGCAUCUGCCUUUCAUUUCUUCUCGUGCACUGUCCUUGGAUUGCAACUUGCCAAUGCAUCUAUCUGUACAUAGCUGUACACAGCAGAGUCUCUACAAAUACAGAUCUCUAUGAACACAGA